GAUAGUUAUGGUAUAGAUAAGAAUGGUAAUGGCAAAUAGCAAUACGCAUUAAUUAGAGGUAGGCGAAGCGGCGCAUGAAAAUUUUAUUUGUUGGUGAUUAGUUGUUGCCCCAGCGACCGCCCAAAGCGAAGGCUAUAUUUUGACCGCCGCUCAGUCCACGUGAGGGCGUGAGGGCGCGGGACGCGUACCACAAUUUUCCUGUCAAACGGACGCAUUUCCUCGCUGACUCAAAUUACCCACGAAUUUUAAAUUCGAUAUGAUUGAUUGCUUGUGCUUAAUUGAGAAAUAAAUACAUUAGAGUAAAGGUCGUGUGUAAGGAUUAUUUCUGAAGUGCAACAGAAGCCGUGUGGUGGUGUGGUAAGGAAUUCGCAGUGCACGGUAUGCCAUGACACAGAGCAACCUGACUACCCCCGAUAAGCACCAUGGCGGUGCGCGCACUGUCUCCGAAGAAAAGCUGAUGGUGGCGGUGCGCGUGCGACCGCUGCGCGCAGAUGAAGGCCCCCGGAUUGUGCACGUCGUCAGCGAUAAGAUGCUGGUGCUGGAAGAGGAGGCGGACAACAGACGUGAUGUUUUACGUUCAAGGAGGCUCAACGAUAAGCACUAUGUGUACGACCGCGUUUUCGGGGAAGACAGCACACAGGAGGAGGUGUACGACACAGUGUGCGCUCCCUUGGUUGGCGACACGCUGCGCGGGUUCGCGGGCGCGGUGUUCGCGUACGGAGCCACUGGCGCCGGCAAGACACAUACCAUGACAGGGCUCAUGUCACGCGCGCUCAGUCACCUCUUCACCGACAUCGCGGAGAGCGACAAGCCUCAGAGCUAUGAGGUGAAGAUGUCAUACAUAGAGAUCUACAACGAGAACAUUAGGGACCUGCUGAACCCUGGCGCCGGUCCGUUGGAGCUGCGCGACGAGGGCGGCAGUGGAGCCCCGGUGGUGGCCGGGCUGAGCGAGGUGCGGGCGACUAGCGCAGCGCACGUCGCAGAGCUGUUGGCCCGCGGGGACCGCGCGCGCACCGCCGAGCCCACGCACGCCAAUCAACACUCCUCAAGAGGCCACGCUUUGCUCAGCGUAACAGUAAGCAAGGAGGUGGAGGGCGGUACGCAGCGCGGGCGGCUGUUCUUGAUCGACCUGGCGGGCUCGGAGCGCGCUGGGCUGCGCGCGCGGCGCCUCGAGGGCGCGCACAUUAACCGCUCGCUGCUCGCGCUCGGCAACUGCAUCAUGGCUCUCUCUGGUGGUGCUAGGUAUGUGAACUACCGUGACUCGAAGUUGACGCGGUUGCUGCGCGAGGUGCUGGGCGGGCGGUGCCGGACCGCUAUGGUGGCUCACGUGGCCCCCGGCGGCGCCUCCCGCGACACCACGCGCUCCACGCUGCAUUAUGCGCAGCGGGCCAACUCUAUCACCAACAGGGUGGAACGAGAGCUGAUAGAGACUCCGAUGCACAUGUCUCAGUACCGUUCAGUUAUCAGCGAGCUUCGAGAAGAGAUCUCUCGGCUUAAAACCAAAAUGAAAGAUGACCGCUCUAGGCCAAAAGAAGAACAAGAGAUAGAAGAAGUAGAACUAAGCAAGGAAGACGCGGCGGAGAAUGCAGCCCACUUAAAAUCGUUGCGUGAAGCGAUAGUGUCGACGUUUAAGCAACAGAUGCGGCUUCGGAGACGAUUGAUGGAGUUAGACAGUCAUCUAUUAGGGCUGGCAUUAGACGCUGAGAGGCAGCACGCCACCAUAUCGCACUGGGAGGCGAGGUUCAACCGACUCUACAAGCCUAUCAGCAUGUCUGGAUCCAGGAUGAGUACUCAGCAGAGUUACAGGGGCGGGACGGGUGUGUCGAGCAGCGUUGGCAGCGGCAGCGAGCGCGCCGAGGCCGAGGUGGCGGUGGAGCAGGCGUGGGCCGAGCUGGCGGCCGUGGAACGCGAGCAGGAGGCCGCGCGCGCCGAGCGGGACCGUGUCGAGCGCCAGCUCGAGCAGGUGCGCCUGAGGGGCGCGCAACUCGAACAGGAACUACCAGCCCGCAUCAGUAGCGGCCCAGAGCGAGAAGUCCUGGCGCUGGUGUGUCGCGUACACGAGUUGGAAGCAGACAAGCUGGCGCUGCAGGGCGAGCGAGCCGCGCGGACGCACGAGCUGCGGCGGCGCGACAUGGCACUGCAACGGCGCGACGCGCAGCGACGGCUGUCCGACGAGAUCAUCACUAGGCAACGACGGGCCCUUGAAGAGAUGGGCAUCGGCGUGGCUCCGGAGCUUGCGCAGUUGUACGAGUUGUACCAGCAGGAGAUACACGCGUCUACCUACACGGAGAGCAAUGACAUCUAUACGCCCUACCGCCUGCCGCCUAUCUCUACCAGCAUGUCAGAGCUGGCGUGGUCGGAGAGCUCGAGCGGCUCGGGGCGCGGCUCCAGCUCCGGCUCGGGCGGCACGCUCGAGCACCGCCUGCCGCGCCUGGCACCCACGCCGCGCCCGCGCACCAGGUACAGUCAAGCCAGUGCAGUUUUAAAACGAUAUUCGAGUGACGACAGCUUAGUGAUGGCGGCGCCGCGUGGAGAUAAUGCGGCGCCUUGAAUAAUAUCUGAGCAAUAUGUCUCCGGGAUCUAUUUGCUCUUGUAUCGCAAGGUAGCCAAUGUUGUGUUGGUCUUGUGAUUGUGAAAUGUCAAAGUGUUUGUUUAACGUCGAGGGUUGUUAAUAACUUGAUUGAUCAACAUGUGUCAUGUGUCUUGUUUGAAUGUACGGAAAACUUCUAAAAUUGGUUAAAUAAAAGUUGUUUGUUGGUCGUUGUCUGUCUUUUAAAGAGAAUCUUAGAAUUGUUUCGAGUCGUGUUUGUAAAUGUUUGUUGUAUGUAUAAAGAAGAUUUUAUUGUACAGCUUGAUGGGCGAUUGAUAAGCGAUGUUGUUGAAAAUAAACAUUUUGAUCUCUGCAUGUUUAUGAAAAUGGAAUUACUUGCUUCAUUUAUAUGUACAGGAAUAUAAUCGGAAAUGCGAAAUGUCUGCAAUGACUUCCAAAAUUAUACAAACGAAGUAUUUGUCAAAUAAUAUAUUAGAGUGCAACUCUUUAUAGAUUUCUUCUUAUGAAAAUGUCCGUCCAUUAGUAUUUUUAAAUAAAUGUGAUUUGUGUAAUA